AUGACUCAAAGAGACGACGGCGACUGCUUGCUUCCGUUUGAAGGUGGCGCAUCGGUGGUAAACGCCUUCUCGGCUCACAGUACACUCAUGAAGUCGAUCUGUUUACCAUCUUCUUCCCUCUCAUGCCUCCCAUCUCUUCACCAUAAUCCUACACCUUCGUUUCAAUCCUGGCCUAACUAUAAACCCUUCUCACCUUCACCCCUAUUUUCUCCCCUUUCAAUCCAAUCCACUUCACCCAAAUCCUCCAUUCCUGCUGUAACUCCAACUGAAGGAUCAAUCCCUGUGAUCAACUUUGAAGAUUUCGUGGAGAAAGAUUGGUCAUUUCUUGAUGCUGAUGAUAUAUCUUCCAACCAAGUUUACAAACAAAACACUGACCGAAUCAUAUCUUCUGGGAAAAUUUCUGAGGAUUCAAAGGUUCUAAUUUCAACAGGAUCAGAAGGGUUUGUUGAUCAGGUGAUUGAUACACAUUCUUGCAAACAGUUGCUUGUUGUUCAUGACUCUCUAUUUGUAUUAGCCUGCAUUAAAGAAAAAUAUGACAAAGUUAAAUGUUGGCAAGGAGAACUGAUUUUUGUCCCUGAAAAAUGGGCUCCUUUUGAUGUUGUGUUCCUCUACUUUCUUCCUGCUUUGCCAUUUGAACUCAAUCAAAUCUUUGAAGCACUAUCCAAGAUUUGCUCACCAGGUGCAAGAAUUGUGAUUAGUCAUCCGAAAGGGAGAGAGAUGCUUAAACAACAGAAAGUGGAGUACCCUGAUGUUGUGGUGUCGGAUUUGCCUGAUAAAGUGACAUUAGAAAGUGUUGCAUCUCAUCACUCGUUUAUGAUGCUGGAGUUCAUUGAUGAGCCGGGGUUUUACCUUGCUGUAUUAACACACAAAACUUGAUACAGGUAAACUGUUUUAGGUUGUGUUCAAUAGGUCACUAAACUAGUUUUGACUUUAUAAAGUUUGACCAAAUUUUUGUUAGAAGAGGCUAUUGGAAAUUGGAAUUUGCUUCUACAUGACCAAAAAGCUUAUUUUGGUGCAUGCGUAUUCCAUCC